ACAAAACAAGAAGAAUGGCUUCCAAACGUUGUGCUGUCUGCAAGAUCUUGAAAGAAACUUGUGCUCCAGGGUGCAUCUCCGCACCACAUUUUCCAUCGGACGAUACGAGAUUCGAUGAUGUUCAUCAAGUUUUUGGAGCCGUGAACGUCCGCAACAUCCUCAAUAAUCUUGAAUCCCCAGAACAGCGUGCGAUUGCUGCCAACUGUUUGCGUUAUGCGGCUGAAGCUCGUAGACGUGACCCUAUUUCUGGUUGUCAUGGCAUGAUCUUACACUACAAGAAUAUUCUCAAUAAUGUUGAACAAGAUAUUAAAUCUGCAAUGAAUGAGCUCGAAACCUAUGUGGGACACGAUCAAGUGCCAAAAUUUUAUGAUCUUCCAAUGCCAGAUGAUUUCCUCAUUACACCAGGCUCUUCAGAUUCCUUUAUUGAAAAAAUAAAGAGUCUAAACGAUGUUCAAAAGAAUCAACUUAUGCAACUCCAAACAGCUGCUGAUGUGCAAAUGAUAAUGAGUAACAUAUUUUGGAAGAGAGAAGAUCAAAAGAUGGAUGAUGGUCAUGGUCAUGGAGCUGAUGGCGCAUCAACAUCUGCUAGUCAGUGAUACUCAAGAGUUCCUCCAAUACCUAAAAACCAGAUAUCUCCGUUACCUAAAAAUCAAAGCCAACAAUAAUUUUAAUAAUGUAUUUUGUGUGUGUUUUCCUUCUAAUUCUAGUCUCAUAAUAAC